GGGCUCGUCAGAUCCAGGGACCUGAAACAAGCAGCCGCGGACUCUGAGAAGUCAGCAGCUCGGGGCUCGGCAGCAGCGGCCUCAUCGGCCGGAGCGGGGGGGUGGGGCGCCGAGUGCGCGGGGAGGGGGGUCCUGGUCCUCAGCUCCUCGACUUGGUCGCGCCUCGACAGCGAACAUGUCUCGGCCUGUCAGAAAUAGGAAGGUCGUUGAUUAUUCACAGUUUCAGGAAUCAGAUGAUGCAGAUGAAGAUUAUGGGAGAGAUUCAGGCCCUCCUGCUAAGAAGAUUCGGUCAUCUCCCCGAGAGGCUAAAAAUAAGAGGCGAUCUGGAAAAAAUUCACAGGAAGACAGUGAAGACUCUGAAGAAAAAGAUGUGAAGACCAAGAAGGAUGAUUCUCAUUCAGCAGAAGACAGUGAAGAUGAAAAAGAUGAUCAUAAAAAUGUACGCCAGCAACGACAGGCAGCAUCUAAAGCGGCUUCUAAGCAGAGAGAGAUGCUCUUGGAAGAUGUUGGCAGUGAGGAAGAGCCAGAAGAAGAUGAUGAGGCGCCAUUCCAGGAGAAAGAUUCUGGCAGCGAUGAAGAUUUCUUAAUGGAAGACGACGAUGAUAGUGAUUAUGGCAGUUCAAAAAAGAAAAAUAAAAAGAUUGUUAAGAAGUCCAAACCUGAGAGAAAAGAAAAGAAAAUGCCCAAACCCAGACUAAAGGCUACAGUGACGCCAAGUCCAGUGAAAGGCAAAGGGAAAGUGGGUCGCCCCACAGCUUCAAAGACAUCAAAGGAAAAAACUCCUUCUCCCAAAGAAGAGGAGGAGGAAGCAGAAAGCCCUCCAGAAAAGAAGACAUCUGCAAGCCCCGCACUCGAGAAGUCUGGAGAUGAAGGGUCUGAAGAUGAGGCCGCAUCAGGGGAAGAUUAAAAGUGAUAUUUGAGGAGAGGUUUUAUUAAAAAACAAAACAAAAAAGGAAACCUCCGUAGGACACGGUUUUGGGCUGUGGCUUGACUCAUGGGCUUUCAGUGCUAUUUCAUUUGUCUAGAAUAAUGUUUUUCUCUCUUUCAUCUAUCUCUCUCUCUCAAACCAUUGUAUGCUGACGUGUUUAAGUUGCCAUUUUGUCUCAUAGCCUUUUCUUUGCUAAUCCCCUCCCCCCACGAAAGCCAUGUCACUUAAUCACUGGAUUGACUGUUUCAUCUUCGUGUUUUUAAUGGAGGGAAGGAAUGCCAUGGCUGCAAAGCAAUAAGAUUGAGGUGGACGCUAUGGAAACUGCUUUUUGCUAGAGAAUGGCAACAUGAACAAUAAUCAAAAACAAAAGAUAGUAAGGUUUUAAUUAAAUAAUUGUUCUUUCUUUUCCUGUACUUUUGACAGACCAGUUGUCAUUUAACAUGAGCUUAUAUGUCUAAACUGUAAAUGUCAAAAAGAAUCAUGACUCUAAAUUUGUACUAGUCAGGCAGUUGGGAAGUGAACAUGAAUUCUGGAUUGUUAACUCUGUACUCACUGUUUCCUUGAGUGUGGAGGGAGUGGUAUUUCUUGAACUUAGUAUAUUUGUUAUUCUCAAAGAGAUUCAGAGCCAGUGGUUCUUUUGUCUUGAUCAGUCUUUUUUUUUUUUUUAAGUAGGCCACCAGAAUCAGUCUUAAUUUCAUAUUUCAUUCAUGUUUUCAUUGAUUCAAGUUUUUAAAAUACAUCCUGUUAUUGGGUAAAGUUUUACCAGUGAUCAAAAAUUAAAAAGAUGUCUUUGAAUUUUGAUGACAAGAUGAGUCUACCCCUCACAGUGCAUUUCUUCACAGGCUGAUGAUGUUAAAGUUUUAAGCAAAUAAAGUUGGAGUUAGUGUGAAGUGCAGAUACAAAAGAUUGGGAUUUAUCCUUUAUGAAUACAAAAAAUUGAAAUGAGGGCCCAUGAACCAUCCAUUUUUAUUUUGGGAUAGAAACAGUUGUUUCCUUUUGAUAUUUAAAUCUUCCCUUCAUAGUAACACGAUAAUGACAUAAUCUCACUUCCUCCUGCUGCUUCCUUACUGUGGAGUUACUUGCUUCUUAGUUGGUCUGCCCCUCCUUUCUGUUCAUGUUUCUUUUUAAAGCAAGAGCCUGAGCCUCAACGGGAUGAGUGAACUGUAUUUUAGGGUGCCUAUGUGCCAUUGAUAACAGUCUAGAUACUUUAGCAAAGCAUCAAGGACAGAUCUAUAGGUUGAAUCCUCCAUAUUCAGGUCCCAUUCGCCAAUAGAUGCAAAGAUUAGGGGUCCUAUUAUGCUAAUAAAUUAAAGAUUUAGUGGAGUAAUUUCUGUAUAUUUUUCUGCACUUAAGCUAAAUUUGCUUCCUCAGUAUUCUGCUUUUGUGUUUUUUAAGUGACAUGUUUGUCUCAGACAAUGUCAUUUUCUUAUAGGUGUUCGUAGGACAAAGGGUUAUUUAAGAAAUAUUUUUACUCUGGUUUUUAAGACACUUUAAAGAACAUUCUUAGAUCUGCUUUAAAAUAAAUAAAUGAGUAAAUAAAA